AUGUUGACCUUCGACCACGUUGUCACUGCUGUGUACAGUAGUGUUCUCAACCCAUGGCUUACGAUCCCUCUCGUUGCAGCAUAUGGAUAUGCGAAACCCGAAGAAUUAUCGGUUGUCUUGAAGAAAGGUUCGCGAGGCUAUAGACCUGAGAUCACUGCGAUCAGUGGCAGUGUCAAGAAAUGUGCCUACAUCAUCCUUUACAGCAUCUCGGUUCGAUUGGUCAACAUAUUGAACAAGCGCGCUCUCAACAAUGGCGUGUCAGAUGCCUUUAACUGGGACGAAGAGAUGGUUGUCGUUACUGGUGGUGCUGGCGGUAUCGGCGGUGAUAUGGUGAAGCAGCUUGCAAGCAAAGGCACCAAAAUUGCGGUUUUAGACGUGAUGCCGCUCACAUACUCCAAACGUGUGCCUCUCCCUCUGACAUGA